AUGGCGACAGAUUGUGAUGGUGGCGGAGGCUCUUGGAGAACGGGAGCAGCAGUCACGGCCAACACCACCACACUCACCGCUCCAGCCUGGCAUAAAGAGAAUGACCCUGUUGAUGCUGUGGAUGUUCAGGGUCGACAACAUGAUGUGAGACCGCAGAGCACCUGCAGUCUCGUGGUGCAGUUCUGCAAGACAAGAGGCACGACAAACCUGCGGAAUAGUUUCGACGACACGGUCUUUGAGCGUGAGCGCGGAGGCCUGUGUCCAGCUCAAGAAGCGCGAACUGGCACAGUUGUGCGUUGCUACCUCGUGGCCAGAUGCGACACCAACAGUCAGGCAUGGGAUGUGGGACUGAACGCAAGGAGGUUGACUUCCGUGACGGCCUCGCUGAACCUCCAGCAAGCGGGCGAGGUGUGGGCAGCAACGACUCAGGGCAAUGACGGAUUGCCGCCACUUUGCCAGUGUCAUGACAACCAUCGGACACAGACGAUCUUCAUAGGGUUGACACGUUUUCUCCGAUUUUCCCUCUAUCUGCGCCACUCGCCACAAUUUGAGGGCCGGUUGCGGGCUCAGGCUUUCAUGUUCGAUGUCAAGCGGUGCACAUGCUUGACCAAGGUGCAGAGCAGCAGCCUCAACAGUGCAAAGGCAGCCUACAACAAGUUUGUGAAGGGACUGCCCGGGAAGGAAGACCGACUCUUCUACGGGGACCUGGUCUUCGGCGUGAACUUCGGCACCGAUACCCGGGGGCGCCCUAUUCAGAAGAAGAAGCCUAUGCUCAAUGGGCUGGAUUCCGAGGAAUAG